AUGACUCGGGAUGCAGAACGCACACGGGACAACGCCGUCCGUGCCCUCCUUCGAGCGGAGUUCCCAGGAAACACGGCCCCAAGCACACGUGAACUUGGACCCAAGUUUUUAUCUUCAAACACAUUCGUCUCUCUUUACAAAACAACAACGAGACAACAAAACAUCAACAGCAGCAACAACGCCAGCAUGCAAUAUACUCCAUUGGCCACUCCAUUUGAAGGACGCCACCCCCUCCUCAACAUCGAGGCCGUCCGAGGAUUGCCCACAGCGCAUACGGCUGCCAGAGACUUCCUGGAGCGUGCGCUACGCUGUAUGGCGGACAACCGUUUUCGACGAUUUACGCACAUCCCGAACCAUCAAGAAGACACAGCUCUCGAAGACGGACAUACGGAGAGCAGUCGAGAUGAGAAGAGGUUCGAACGCGUACCGAACGGUUUUGGUCUCCACUAUUCUUAA